AUGCCGCCGAAGCGGGCGUGCGAUGUGUGUUAUAAGCGCAAGCACGUGCAAGAGCUGUCCCGCAGAGUCGAACUGCUGGAGAGGAGCCUAGCAUCCUGCGACCCCGCCGAUCGCCACCGCUCGGCUGAGGGCUCAGCGCAGCAUAGCCCCUGGACGGCAGCCGUCAGCGAAACCACGGGUAGCCCCGCGGUGCUCUCCACCACGCCGGCGACAGAACCCGACGACCCCGUCCGCGCAUCCAAGCUCCCCGACCGCCCCGGCCCCGCGCCUCGGUCGGUGCCGACUCCGUCCAGCCUGGCGUCCCCCUUUCCCGUGCCCGCCAAGAAGUCGCCGGCGGUUCUCAACCCCCACCCCGGCGGCCCCAGGACGUGA